GCUCCGGGCUGCUUCCCGAUUGGUGGCUGAGCGGUUGAUUUCAACGUGUCACGGACCGGCAGCAAGUUUCGAUCCUGCAGAACUACAGACAAUAAGGAAACAAGCAUCACAAACUCUGUCAGUUCAAACAGACGUGACACGUUUGCACAAAAACAGUACUCUUAACGAUGGCUCAGUGUGCAGCAGCAUCCCCCGGCUCUGAUCUGAACAAGAAGCAGGCUUGCAGUCAGAGGAGAGUAGCUCUCAUCACUGGCAUCACCGGACAGGAUGGCUCCUACUUGGCCGAGUUCCUGCUGGAGAAGGGCUACGAGGUGCACGGCAUUGUCAGAAGAUCCAGCUCUUUCAACACAGGCAGGAUUGAGCACCUCUACAAUAAUCCUCAAACCCACACAGAAGGAAAUAUGAAGUUACACUAUGGGGAUCUCACUGACAGUACAUGCCUGGUGAAGAUUAUCAAUGAAGUGAAACCUACAGAGGUGUAUAAUCUGGGAGCACAGAGUCACGUCAAGAUCUCCUUCGAUUUGGCCGAAUACACUGCGGACGUGGAUGGCAUCGGCACCCUGCGGCUCCUGGACGCCAUCAAGACGUGUGGCCUGACCAGCGCGGUGCGCUUCUACCAGGCGUCCACCAGUGAGCUGUACGGCAAAGUGCAGGAGGUCCCUCAGAAGGAGACCACCCCGUUCUACCCCCGCUCUCCGUAUGGAGCAGCCAAGCUUUACGCCUACUGGAUCGUGGUGAACUUUAGGGAGGCGUACAACCUCUUUGCCGUCAAUGGCAUUCUUUUCAACCACGAGAGCCCGAGGAGAGGGGCUAAUUUCGUAACUCGAAAAAUCAGCCGUUCAGUGGCUAAGAUUCACCUCGGACAGCUGGAGUGUUUCAGUCUGGGUAAUCUGGAUUCCAAGAGAGACUGGGGUCAUGCCAAGGACUACAUUGAGGCCAUGUGGCUGAUGCUGCAACAGGAUGAGCCGGAGGACCUUGUUAUAGCAACUGGGGAAGUCCACAGCGUCCGGGAGUUUGUGGAAAAAGCAUUCAUGCACAUCGGGAAAACGAUUGUAUGGGAAGGCAAGAACGAAAACGAGGUCGGCCGGUGCCAAGAGACUGGAAGGAUUCAUGUCAGAGUUAAUCCCAAGUACUACAGGCCCACUGAAGUGGAUUUUCUCCAGGGGGACAGCAGUAGAGCACAGAAGAAGCUGGGAUGGAAACUGAGAGUGUCUUUUGAGGAGCUUGUGAAGGAAAUGGUGAAUGCAGACAUCGAGCUGAUGAGAAACAACCCCAAUGCCUGAUACUGUGUUGGUCACUUUUCACUGAGGAAAGUGUUUGGCACAUCAACCAGAAUUCUGCUUCCACAACGCUGUGAUUAGAAGGAAUCGGAUAAAAAUGAGAAUCAUUAAUAUUUUUAUCGGUUUCAUAUAUCUGCCUGUACUAUUCUCUCUUCAAAUUUGGAUUGUGUGUACUGGAAUAAAGAAAUCAAAUCAUCCUUUCAACACUGAAUUUGAAUUUCUGUACUCUUAAUUUGUUUUGUGAAAUUGUUUCUUUACCUCAUGAAAUUCUUAACUGAAACGGGGACCAAAAACUAUUUGUAUAAUAAAUCCAGGGAUUUUGAAUGA